CGGAUCUCUAUUAUAAAAUCGAAAUGACAUAACAUAACAACAAUCAUCUCAUCUUUGUUUAUUUCUCUCUUCAUUUGUAUCUUUGUUUGGAGUUGAGAUAAACAAGAAUGGCCACAUCAGCAAUCCAGCACUCCUCUUUCGCCGGACAAACGGCUUUGAAGCCUUCCAACGAUCUCCUCCGCAAAGUAGGAGCUUCCAACGGUGGUGGUCGCGUUGUCAUGCGCCGUACCGUCAAGUCUACUCCUCAGAGCAUCUGGUACGGACCAGACCGUCCCAAGUACUUAGGACCAUUCUCAGAGAACACACCAUCGUACCUAACCGGAGAAUACCCCGGAGACUACGGCUGGGACACCGCCGGUCUCUCCGCCGAUCCAGAAACCUUCGCAAAGAACCGUGAGCUGGAAGUAAUCCACAGCAGAUGGGCAAUGCUCGGCGCUUUAGGAUGCACCUUCCCAGAGAUUCUCUCCAAAAACGGAGUCAAAUUCGGUGAAGCCGUGUGGUUCAAGGCAGGGUCUCAGAUCUUCUCAGAAGGAGGGCUUGAUUACCUCGGCAACCCUAACUUGAUCCACGCGCAAAGCAUAUUAGCAAUCUGGGCUUCUCAAGUUGUGCUGAUGGGUUUAAUCGAAGGGUACAGAAUCGGAGGUGGACCUCUUGGUGAAGGGCUUGACCCGCUUUACCCGGGUGGGGCGUUUGACCCGUUGAACUUAGCGGAGGAUCCGGAGGCGUUUUCGGAAUUGAAAGUGAAGGAGCUUAAAAACGGUCGGCUUGCUAUGUUCUCCAUGUUUGGAUUCUUUGUCCAAGCCAUCGUCACUGGUAAAGGACCGAUCGAGAAUCUGUUUGAUCAUGUUGCGGACCCUGUCGCUAAUAAUGCCUGGGCUUACGCCACCAACUUCGUCCCCGGAAAAUAGAAUAUUAUCUGAUAAUGUAUGUUUUUAAAACAAUUAAUGUAUGUCUGUUGGUUUGAUGUUCUGUCUUAAUGAAAGAAAUCAUCGUUAGCUUGAGGCC